GGCUGGUUCGGGCCGCGCCGCCCCGCGCAUCUACAGCCGCGCUGAGACGACAGGAGAGAGGGGGCGAGAUGGCGUCGUGCGUGGGGAGCCGGACCCUGAGCAAGGACGACGUAAACUACCGCUUGCACUUCCGCAUGAUCAACGAGCAGCAGGUGGAGGACAUCACGCUAGAGUUCUUCUACCGCCCGCACACCAUCACCCUACUCAGCUUCACCAUCCUCAGCCUCAUGGCCUUCGCCUUCACCAGGGAUGAUUCUGUACCAGAGGAUAAUAUUUGGAGGGGUAUCCUCUCUGUGAUUUUCUUCUUUCUAAUCAUCAGUGUUCUAGCUUUUCCUAAUGGACCCUUUACACGUCCUCACCCUGCUCUAUGGAGGAUGGUUUUUGGUCUCAGUGUGCUCUAUUUUCUGUUCCUGGUGUUCGUGCUCUUCCUCAACUUUGAGCAGGUAAAAGCAGUGAUGUACUGGCUGGACCCUAAUCUUCGAUAUGCCACAAGGGAAGCAGAUAUUAUGGAAUAUGCAGUGAACUGUCAUGUUAUCACCUGGGAGAGAAUCCUCAGCCAUUUUGACAUAUUUGCUUUUGGACAUUUCUGGGGCUGGGCCAUGAAGGCUCUGCUGAUCCGCAGCUAUGGGCUCUGCUGGACUAUCAGCAUCACCUGGGAGCUCACUGAGCUCUUCUUCAUGCACCUUCUGCCUAAUUUUGCUGAAUGCUGGUGGGAUCAAGUCAUUCUGGACAUCCUGCUUUGUAACGGGGGUGGCAUCUGGUUGGGCAUGGUAGUUUGUCGUUUCUUGGAGAUGAGGACCUAUCACUGGGCAAGCUUCAAGGACAUUCACACAACCACAGGGAAGAUCAAAAGAGCUGUGUUACAGUUCACCCCAGCCAGCUGGACCUACGUCCGCUGGUUUGACCCAAAGUCUUCAUUUCAGAGGGUGGCUGGAGUCUACCUUUUCAUGAUUAUUUGGCAGCUAACUGAGUUGAACACAUUCUUUUUGAAACAUAUCUUUGUGUUCCAAGCAAGCCACCCUUUAAGCUGGGGGAGAAUUCUCUUCAUAGGAAUCAUUACAGCACCCACUGUAAGGCAAUACUAUGCUUACCUCACAGACACACAGUGCAAGAGGGUGGGAACUCAGUGCUGGGUGUUUGGGGUAAUUGCCUUCCUUGAAGCUAUUGUGUGCAUCAAGUUUGGACAAGAUCUUUUUUCCAAAACACAAAUACUGUAUGUUGUGUUUUGGCUUCUCUGUGUGGCCUUUACAACUUUCCUGUGUUUAUAUGGAAUGGUUUGGUAUGCAGAGUACUACGGCCACCGAGAAAAGACCUUAUCAGAAAGUGAAGACAGUCCAUACAGUCCAGAUGCUUCCUGGCUUCAUUCUAAAUUCAGCAGAGCAGGUGCUGACAAUAGUCCACCAAAACAUUCAGCCAAUAGUGAAAGCCAUUCAUCUAGAAGGAGGAAUCGACACUCCAAAUCAAAAGUAUCAAAUGGAAUUGGCAAGAAAUAAGAGUGGUAUCUAAAGACAUCCUACAGUGUGACCGGAAGUGACAAAGAAGAUCAGACCUGGCUCUGAAUUACCAAAUGGAAGACCAUUUUUAAAUUAAAGUUUAAAAAAGGAGGUGUUGAAGAGAAGGAUGAUGAAGAUGGAGCCACCAGUGUAGCGCAGAUUGUUGCCUGAUGACACUUGCCAUUCACUGAUAUAAAUCUAGUUUCUUCAGUAGGUGGCAUCAAAAGUUCAUGAGGGGUAUACUGGAAAAAAUGUUGUUUUAUCAUAGCAGGUUCUCCCUGUUUUGUGUUCAGGUGUUGCAAGGUCAUUUUUAAUAGAUUAGUUGAGGACUUCAACCCAAAGGUUAGUAAACUGAUAGUGAGUUGGUGUAGUUGACUGAAUUUUUUGGUUUGGUUUAUUGUGUUGUUUUCUAGAAGAGUAUGCAACCCUUUGACUAAAAGCAGCUCUGCCUUUCCUUUUCAGUUUCACAACAAAACUUUCCCAUGCAACUGUUAGUAAGUAUUUAAAAAUUUUAUAUUGCUUGCUUUUAUUUAAAGGCUCUUUAGGCCUUAUGUCAGGGUUUAACCAGGAAGGAAAUGGGUCCAGGUUUCUUGUAAAGGAUGUGAAAUUGAUUUUCAAACACAGGGAUUUUUUUUUCUACAUUGCCCUCCUGCUUGAGUCAUACAUAUUCAAUUUUUUAAAGUUUUUAAAAUACACAUAUAAAAAUUGCUUCAUAGUAGAGGGCCAUGCCUCCUGUCCUCAGUGACAAAGGUCAUAUUACUUCAUUGUUUUUCCUCCUCUACUGUAGUGUGUUUUGCAUUUUCAAGUGUAAAUAUGUCUUUUUUUCAUGUGUGCCACAUUGUGUGCAGUGUUUCUUCCUACUUCCUUCUAUUUGCUCCCAUCCUAGCUGGACCCAGAAAUCAGUUUUCAGACUGAUAUCAGGAACUGCUUUGAAGGCUCAGAUGCCCUGCUGAGCUUGGUGAUAAGGCAGUUUUUUGCUGAAGCUGAGUUGCUUACUAUCUCCAUAAACAAUUAUUUGUGAAGACUUGUAGUAGCGUUUGGUGUCUGAGAGGCAGCAUGAUGUGAUAGAGCUCAUUGCUUUGGUGUUGCCUGUCAUGCAUCAGAUACUCAAAAGCAAAGUCUCUCUUUUCUUUCUUGCAGUUUGUUUUUUUUUUGAGAAGGGUGAUUUACUUUUUGUCUGAGUGUUCUUUUGGGUUUUUUUAAUAUAUUAAUUGUGACAUCUAGCAAAGUGGAUGAUUCUCCAGCAGUGAAUGUAAUGAUUAAGUCAAGAGGUAAGCAAUCAUGAGCAAUCAGUUUCUGUAUUAAGUUAUCAAAAUGUUUUAGUGCCAAUUAAAUUUUGAGAUUCAAGGCAUUCAGAGGGGUAGGUAGCUUAAGCAAGGAUAAGUGAUACCUAUUAGUUACUUAGUCUUUAUGAGAAAAUAGGAUUUGCUUUUUCUUUGACUAAUAUUACUGUGAUUUGCCACAGGCUAGGUACUAAAGAAAAAAUGCAGCGGAGAUUUUAUGCAAAUGUAUGAUACUGUAAAUAGAAGAAAGUAUCCUGUGUAAUCCAUCAGUUCCUAUGUGCCACAGAUUAUCAAUGUUUUCAAUGCACUUAAGUGUUGCUGCUGAGCUCUUCAGAGGCCUUUAAUUUCCUACCCUGCUUUUCAAUCAAACAUGGAGCUUGGAAAGUAAUGUAGUAGGAGCUGCUGUAUCAUCAUUGCCACAGUGACAUUUAAUGUUACAUGAAAAAAUAUGUUAGGAAGACUUUCAGGUUCUCCUACAACUACUUGGUUUUUAUUCACACUAUAGCAAUUCCAUAUAUUGCCUUUGUAUUUGUAAUGUACUACAUAUUGAUGAAUGUAUUUGUAGAUUUCUUUGGAUACUGAGACAUGUUAUUUCUUUUAUUUCCUUGGUUAAAAACUCAGUCUGUGUAAGACUGAAGAGUGGCAUUGUAAAUUUUCUAUUGAUUCAAUACCAAAGCAAGAGAUUUGAAAUCUAAUGGUUUGGGUAUUUUAAGUACUGUGGAUUUCCAGUGUGAGAGCCUAUUUUGUACUUGCAAGGGGUAUACACACCAACUAUGUAUACAAAGCUUACAUGUGUAAACAGAUGCUGAAGUACAUCAUCUACCUGCCUUGGGGACAAGCACAUGUUGUGCAAAUGUAGGCCCGGUGCUCACAUUGCUGAACUGCACCCUAAAAAUACUCGAAAGAGAAAUAUUGAAGUGUCAUCUUGAUGGAAGCUGACUUCUGUACACUAUUACAACAGCUUUGUUCUGAAAAAAUGUUGUUUGACAACACAUUUAAGUUAUUUCCAAUUAAGUUUUUUUACUUUAAA